GCUUGGCUUCCUUUACUCGGCACCCCGAGCGAUGGCGCAGCGGUCCGGCCCCGUGGCGCCCGCGACCGGCCCUGUGGACGCGCCGGACGCGCUCCCGAGGAUGCUGCCCACGGGUUUCGACGAGCUCCUUCAGGCCAUUCACGCGGUUCAUGAUUCGAUUGCAAAUCGGCUGGACACCUUGGAGGAUGGCUUGCAUCACCUGGGCGAACAGAUGGAUCAUCGUUUCUCGGUCUCUUCCGCCGCUUCAGAAUCGCGACGCGCCAAGCGGCAGGCCAAGCAGAGUGCUGCGAAGCAAGCCUUGCAAAUGGACAUCAGCAGCCUGGUGCCUUUCCGUGCACCUCAUCGGCGCAGAACAGCCAGUGAGGACGUGAAGGACACGAAAGACAUGAAGGAUAAAGACGUGGAGAGUAAGACGUUGAAGGAGAAGAAGGAGGAGAAGAAGGCUCCUCGAAAGGAGUUGAAGCCCAUGGCCGAGGGGCGUGAGGAGCUCGAGGCAACGGGUCACAAGGUGAGUGGAACUGCUUCCCGCGGCUCUCACUCACCACCAAAGCUCUCCAGGCGAACCUCAAGUGUUGAAAUGCAACAAGUUGUGUCAGGGCGGGCCAAUCUUAGUGAUGUUUUCAAGUUGAGGGAGACGCGACUCACUGCCAACUUGUCUCCACGGAGACUUACUGCCGUGCUGCCAAUCCCUUCAGGCCAGUCCGAGUCCGACCAGCCAAGUUUGCUGGAGGAAUCCCUGGUGUUGUCUUGGUCACAGUCUUGUUGGCUGACACUCAGCCCUUUGAACAACUUGGUAUCUCGACACUUCUCAGCAGCACUGGGUUUGGUGCCGCUCUUCGGAGUGAGCUCGCUGGGCUGUACUCGAUGGUGGGCCUCACGGCUAUACCACUGGCUACUGAUCUCAUUCCUCUUCUUCCGCCUUGUCAGCAAGGGCUACGACCUCGUGCUUUGCCACAACGCGGAUCAGGCUCAUAAUCUUUGCUUUCAUCCCUGGCCCCCUUUGGCUGUGGACUUCUUUCUCAUUCUGGGCAGCUGUUUGGUUUUGCUCAGCCUGGGUGGGUUUUGGAGCUACAAGGACACUACGAGACUAGUGGCACAGAGUAUCGAAGAACUAUCGUGUUACUGUGAGAAAACCUCACUCGACAUGGCCUGGAAGAUAUGGAGCUCGUCCGAUGCCUUGCUUUUAGUGCUUGUAUGGCUUGCAUUGUUGGGUGCUCGCCUUAGCCUCUUUGCCCGCUAUGUAUGGGAAGCGGAUGGGUCAAUCAAUCUUAGUGCCAUCUUCUUCUGCAUCGAGCAUGCCAUCAGCACGGCUGUGCUGGUGGUAGCUAGCUUCUGGCAAGUGCGCACCUCUCAUGCCAUGAUGCUUAUCGUAAACGCGUGGAGCGCUUGGUUUGUGGAAGGUGAUGCCUCUUGCCUGGAGGCCAAGCGUGACUGGCGUGGCAUCAGCAGCCUUUUCCGGAAGACCUCACGCAGCUUCGAGCGUUGCUUAACAGCUUUAGGAUCCACAAUGGUCAUGCUCAUCUUUGCACAGCUGUAUGACUUGCAACAAGAUAGAGGAAUGGACCUGGUGGCCUCAUCAAUGUUUGUGGCCUAUCUCAUACCAGGUGUGCUGUGGACGCAUGCAUCGACAACCACCGCAUGCCGACGGCUGCCUUCGCUGGUGACUCUAUGUGAUGUGGAGGAUGAGGAACAAGACCACGACUACUUGGGUUUGGCAACAUUCUUGUCUCUGAGCGAGUGUGGCUUUUUCGUAUGGGAUACUUGUGUGACAAUGGGCCUGGUUCAGAAGCUACUCUACUUCACUUUUGCACUGGCCGGAACUGUUGGAUUCCAAACAGGAGCCGUGCAGAAGAUCCUCUUUGCCUCAGCUGAGAGUGCAUGACAGACAGAUGUAAUGCGAUGACAG